AGAACCUGACCCUUAAUGGGCCUUUGGCAUUCCCCUGAAUACAAAUCAGAUAUGGGAUGUGCCUUUUAACUGGAAACUAAGGGAUUCUCUUUCGAAACCCUUAUUUGGUGCACAUGCCUGGCUCUUUCAAAGGAAUUUCAACUCAGCAAAGAAGUUGGAGUUGAUUUCAACCUCCGGGGAAAGCUGCUGGUUGUUGGUGGUCUACGGAAGUCUCAGCACAGACAGGAUCACGGAGAGUUCUUGCUGAGACUCACUCAAAGAAAACCCAAGGGAAGUCUGGAGAACCCAUUUCAAGAUGAAGUUGCAGUAGCAAAGGAGAAGUGCUUUCAACACAAGCCAUUGCUGCCUACGGAUCAAAAGGUGCUGGAGGAUUCUUCUUCCCGGGAUUACUGCAGCUACAGCCAUGAGAAUCUUUCUCCUUAAGGGGCAGCUGCUCCUCCUGCUGCUCCUUUCUGGCCUGCAGAGAUCCACAAAGAGUUCUGAGGUUGCAAUUAAAAUCAACUUUGACUUGGCACCAGAUUCCUUUGAUGAUCAAUACCAAGGCUGUAGCAAACAGGUCAUGGAGGAGUUAAGUCAAGGAGAUUAUUUCAUGAAAGAGCUGCAAGCCUAUAAGAACUACUCCAGGGUAUGGCACAAAGCCCACUUAACCUGGUUGAACCUAGCAAAAGCUCUCCCCGAGAACAUGACUAUUACACAUGCUGUGGCCAUCUUGGUUUAUACAUUGAACAGCAAUGUUCGCUCUGACUUUAUGAGGGCCAUGACCAGUGUUGCCAGGACUCCACAGCAGUAUGAACAUUCAUUCCAUUUCAAAUAUCUACACUACUACCUGACCUCAGCAAUCCAGCUGCUGAGGAAAGAGAUGCUCAUGAAGAACAACAGUCUGUGUUAUGAGGUGCAUCAUGGCACCAAGGAUGUCUACUUUGAGGCCUACAUAGGGGCCAUCGUUCGAUUUGGCCAAUUCCUCUACACCUCCCUCUUAAGAGAAGAAGCACAGAAGUUUGGGAACCAAACACUAUUUACCAUACUGACCUGCCUGGGUGCACCUGUACAAGACUUCUCCCUCAAGAAAGAAGUCCUAAUACCUCCCUAUGAGUUGUUUGAGGUCACAAAAAUGAGCUACUAUCCAGGAGGAUACUGGGUGCAAUUGCGGUCAGCUGGGAAUCUGAGCACAUAUAACUGCCAGCUGCUAAAAGAUUCCAGCAAGAAGUACACCCCUACUCCUAUAGUGGUGUGCCAUUUAGGUGGGGACAUCGGGAACUAUUUUACCUCCAAAGAAUGUAAUCUUGGAUACAUGAAGAAGGGUGAGGACUAGCUUCAUAACUUUGAAUUCUCCAAGUGCAUGCCUCUUAGCCCCUUUGAGAAGACUUGGAUGAGAAGUAACCCAGUUCACCAACUCUAUAGAACUCCCCAAAGAGCGCCUGUGUCAUGACUAAAGACUGGCAUCUAUGUACAAUUAUUCUUUAAAUCAGAAUUUUGAAACAAGGCUAAGUGCACCUCUGUCACCUAGCAUUGUUGGUCUGUGACUCAUUACAUAGAAUCUUUCACCAAUUUGUGGUUACUUAGUGAACAAUCUUCGAGGCACAGCUCCAGUACCAAGCUUUGCAGCAAACCUUGGUGUAGCAGUAGUAAAAUGCCAUGUUAGGAAAAGCCACCAAACAUCUGACAUAUUUGUUCCUGUGCUAUAUAAAUGCAUUUAUUGAGUCAUACUAUGUACCAAGUACUCUGAGGAUUAAAAGUUGAAUAUAUGAGGCCGUAUCUCUGUUUUUUUUUUUCUUUUUUUUUUUUUUUUUUUGACAGGC